AACGUUCAUCUGUGACCGGUCACACACAGAGAACGUACAAAGAAAGUACCUCGUGUCAUACGUCUGAAGAAAAAUAUUCGAUUGGAAGUGGUGGACAGAGAGACUUAACAGUGGGCUGCCGGUGUCUGGUUCACACAGACGUGAGUGGGCAGUAGUAGAUGAAAAUGAAUGAAACAUACACAUUGGAAUUGUUUCCUGGAUAUAAGGUGACUCUGCUACUUUUCAAAAAUGUAAAAAAUGCUGCAGCCCUAAGAAAGCAAGCGAUGGACGGGUCACUUGAAGGGGCUCUGCUAAACCCUGCAAUGAUUAUAGAUCCACUUCAGAUUCUUGUGGCAGUAAACAAAGCUGUGCAUCUGCAGUUGCUUGGGAAAAUGAAGACCAGGACCCUUAAUGCUGAGAUCAUAUUUAACCUGUCGCCUACCAACAACAUUUCGGAAGCUUUUAAAAAGUUUGGCCUGUCAGACAGCGAUUCUGGAGUUCUUGUUGUUUUGACGGACGAUGGAAGUAAUAUCUUGAAUUCCCAAGAAAUAAUCUCUCACGUGGAAGGACAGCAGGUUCCUCUAGCGGAGCUGCCACGGCUAACAGAUCUCGCUAAAGUGAAGAAGGUUUAUAAACUUACAACACAAGAAGAAAAAAAUGGCUCAACAUUGGAUGCAGUUAUCUGCAGAAUGUCCACCAAAGAUGUUUUAUGAAUACAGUUUUCAGUAUGUGAAAGAUGUUUGUCUUUGAUUAAAUUGCUGUAGAAUGCUUUAUUUUUUUUU